AUGGUAGCCAGCGACUUUGGGAUCGCAGCGCAAUUACCAUAUCUCAAGCAGCUGAUCCAUGGCUAUAAUACCCGUAAGCUACGUGCUCAACGUAUCCAUCUGGUUUGGCAGGUCCGAGAUAUUGCUGUGCAACCGCUACUCAAUGGUGCAUUGAGCGAGGAUACACUUGACGAUGGUUGGAUUCUCGACAUUUCGAUUUAUUGUGAAUCAAGGGACACCACCGUAUCCUUCGGGAAGCGAGCAAGCGUCUAUCCUGGCAAGGCUCCAAUACAUGAUAUUAUCCAGGAAGAAAUUUCGAAGAGGCAGAUGGAGACAAAGCCGGUUAAAGAAAUGGACUGGAAUAAUGAGUCAUUGGUAUACGAGAAAGAACUCGAGUCUAGGAGAUCUGAUGGAAAGAUGAUUGUCACAGAAGUUCGAGAUGAGCUACGAAGUGCCAUACGGGAUAAAUUGGCAGAUGACGUGAAAUAUUUUGAACUUGAUUAUCAGCCUGUAUAG